UGACGUAACGGGGUGGUUCGGUGGGGUGGUCACGUGAGUUUUUGGCGUGGCGAAGCAACGCAUUGAAGCAUCUUGCUGCCAUACCUCUGCCUUGAAAAGUGGAUACUGUGUCGAGUGGUCUUCUUCGAGCGUAACAUCACCAGAAAAUAUACGUAUUUCAUUUGACCAUUAGGUGUGCCAAUACAGUCGGUAUAAUGGACGGCGGAAUCACAGUAGUUACCAAUCCCACUGUGAAUGUGCGCCUAACCAGCACCAUCUCCUCCUUUGAGGUGCAGCGCAGGUUUAAUAGAGGGAUUACUAUAGCAGAACUAAAGGGUAAGUUGGAGAUGGUUGUGGGCGCAACUGCCUCCUGCAUGGACCUGGAGUUGUUCAGUGUUUCUGACAAGUUCCUGCAGAAAAUGGAUGACAAUGAAGCUUUGCUGGGUUCCUAUCAUGUGGAUGAUGACUGCAGAAUACACGUUAUUGAUAGAAGUGGAGGUCAGAUGGGCGAGUUCACUGAUGUUUCCAAAGUGGAGAAGUUUGAACUUUCAGAUGGUGCUUAUGAGAAGAGAACAGAUACAGCAAGGUCAUUCAUGAAGAAACAUCGUGUCGGUCACUUCAAUGAGGAUGAAAUGGCCAAGAAGAAAGCUGAGCUUGCUGCUCGGGAGGCGGAACAGAAGGCUGCUGCUGAUACCAUUUCUGUUGGCAACCGAUGCAAAGUGCAGGUCCCUGGGCAACCCACAAAGCUUGCCACAGUCAUGUAUGUUGGUACAACAGAUUUCAAGCCAGGCCACUGGGUGGGUGUGAAGUACGAUGAGCCCCUGGGAAAGCACAAUGGAACUGUUGAAGGGAAGCAAUACUUUGAAUGUGGGAACAAAUAUGGUGGAUUUGUGAAGCCCCUGAGUGUGACUGUGGGAGACUUUCCUGAGGAGGAUUACGGUUUAGAUGAGAUGUAGGACUGUAAUGUAACAACGGGGUCAAGCGUUCUCUGCCCUGAAAUUUGAGCAUCAACCUCAAGCUGUUAUCCAUUCACCAACCAGAGAUGACGGAAAGUCAUGUAACAAAUUAAAUUUUUGUUUUUGUUUUGCUUCUCUGGAAGGCAUGAUCCAAAGAGUGGUGUGUCUAAAGGUCUUUUAAGUUCAAGUUCUCUUUCACUAACGCCAGUGCAACCUGAUAGAGAUGAAUGUCAAGUAGGACAUCUCCUAGUGUGCUGGAUAUGAUAAUACAGGAUAAUCACAAGAGGAGCUCACACCAACUAUGGUUGAUAAAGUAGAGGGGGUUUUGUUGCAUGUAAGGCAGCAUAAUGAAGGUUAAUAUGUAGUCCUUCACUUCACUCACCUCUAUUUAAUUUGCUUGCUGUAGUAGUACUUGUUGUUCCCAAGCCUUCUCAAAAUGGUAGUCUUCUAUGUAAUCUAGAAGUUUUUAUUGGCAGUUUAGAUGACAACUUCAUUUCUCCUCAUUUAGUUUAUAUCAGUUUGUACAAAGAGGACUGUAUACUACUGUCGUAGCAUUUUUUUUUUUUGAAGACUAAAUUGCUGAGAGUGGUCCAAGGAUUGGACAACUGUCUGUUGAAGGAAAAAUCCCUCCUAAAAGUCUUUUACACUAAAGUAAAAAGUGGCAUUGUACUUUGUAUUCCUCACUAACAUGACAUCACAUAGAGAUAAACUGGAGAAACGUUUUUCAGUCAUCGAUUAAAAUCUGUGCUUAAUGGUCAAACUCAUUCCACCAUAUUUCACUCCCAAUUGACAGACAAGAAAUUCACAGCUGAGGAAAGAACAAUAAAUCCUCACCGACAGUAGCCUCAAUAGUCCGUAGUGCAACACAGCUGUUAGUUGUAUUUUGAAUCAGGGGCAUCGUCCUCACCUUUUUGAGCGAAAACUGUUGUUUCUAUUUGCUACAUUUGUAGUUAUUGCUGUCUACAUAAGUGUACAAUGCCUAAAAUAAUAGUGAAAGUAUGCAAAGGUAGAUAUUUGUUUUCCAAACAACUUUAAUUUCGUUAAAUUUAAUUUUGUGUUUGUAUGUAGUAUGUAAACCAGUCCCAUUUUUAUGGUUCAAAGUGGAUUUAAAAUGUAAUUUCUCCUUUGUGUGACUGAAUUCCUCUUGUUAAAAAUAUUAAAACGUCUGCACUUGAAUGUGUCCUGCUGAUAUUGAACCACUGAAAUAAAAAAUGUUUCAGGUUUAAAAUUUGAAAAGAUAAGGUUCAAUUUUACUAUAUUUUUAUAACUUGAUCUGUUGAAUUAAAUGUAUCUACUUUCUUUAAACUAACCUCUCCUGUAUACAAAUGGAUGAUGAAAUCCAAGAAUAAAUCUGAUAAACAUGGAGACUGUAUACUGGAAAAUGGCCAGUGAAAAGCAUACAUCCUCAGAAAUUGUUGAAUUGGAUGCCGAUUCGUAUUUGAAGUCCUUAGAUUUGUCUCAGAGAACUCAAUCUGAACUGGUUUUAAAUUGUACUAAAAGUUAAAAGUAACAUUCAAUUUCAAGUCGUACCUAAUAGGCAUUUUUUUUAAAUCCCUGUAUAUUUUAUUAUUUCUGCAGUUUCAUAUAAGCAGGACACAUUGAAUUUCACGCAGUUGAAGUACAAUCUGAUUUACCCCUUUCUGUACAUGUACAUUCACCCUAUAGUAGAGACUGUUUUUGUUCAGGUGGUUGGCUUAAGUAAUAAGUUAUUUAAUGGAGAUGUUAAAUUCUGAAACAUACCUUUUCAUGUUUCCUAUCUGCAGCGGAAGUAUAAAAUGUAUCUAUGAGAUUUACAAUGUACCAUUAGAUGUAUAUUUUUGAUUAGAUACCAUUGAUACCAGGUUGGCCAUUAAAGUAGGAACAGCAGAAACUGUAAAACUUUGAUUUAUGUGUUUGUAUCUACAUGGUAUAGUACAUCAUCUUGUGUUUAGUCUCUGAAUCAGCAUAACAGUGAACAGCUACACUGGUCACUCUCCAGUUAACUGCCUCUCUCUCCAUUAUAAUCACCACAACACUUAGCUUUUGAAAAUGUGCAUUUCAAAUGAAUGAUAUGCCUUAUUUAUGCUUUGUUUUAUGUUACCGGUCCAAAACUGUUAAGAUGUCUUUUUUUCAUCCUCUAAAGUUUACAAAAGAAUGUAAAUUAAUUAUUUUUGUGGUUUAUUUUUAAUGAAAUGUCAUUACUACACCUGCAGAAAUGUAAUGUUGUUCUCUUUUCCUUUUUUAAAAAACUCUGUUCAUCUCUAAGGUGCUGGUGUGCCAAAGGGUAAUAAUGCAUAAUAAUAAAAAUGAUUUGCCAGUA